GGAGGUAUAAAAGAUUGUUGCUUACGAUCGAAUAUCAGUAGAAUUAUUUCUAACGUUAAAGCGUCUAGAAAGCUUUCAAUUUCACAAAACAUCAAUAAAUUAUUUCAAUUUAUUAUUGCAAACAUGAAGUUCGCCGUUGUCGUAGUCUUGGUUGCUUUGGCUUUGGGUGCUAACGCCUCUAUCUUGCCCGGUGCCGUAGUUGUUGGUCAUCCAGGAGCUGUCAUUGCUGCCCAUGGAGCUGUAGCUGUUCACGCUGCUGUUCCCAGCCCCGUACAAAUCGUAUCAGGUCCAGCUGUUGUAGCCGCCCCAGUUGUUGUUCCCGCACCAACUGGCACUUAUGUAGCUAAAACCCGUGGUGCUGUACAUGUAGCUCCUUUGCCAGGACAUGUUCAAUCGGCUGUGUCCGCUAACUUGGAACCUGCUCCUGGUACUCUAUAAGUUAACUCCUUUAGAGAAUUGGAAAGAAAACGUUGGUUCAACUUAAUAUGCUUCUGAAUUUGGUCUAUGAUUUUUACCACAUCCACCACCACCUGCACAAAUUUCCCUUAUGCCACUUUAUCCUUUAAGUGCCGCCCAAGCACACACUCUAAAUGGAUUUAAGCCACUUCAUUACUUUCCAUGUAAAUAACAACAACAAAAAGACCAACAAACCACCACCACCAUCUUCAGUUUUCGUUUGUUUUUUUUUUAGUUUAAAAUUCUUAAAACAACAAGUUGCAACAAAAUGAUAAUUUUAAAAUAAUUUAAGUUUUACUUUUCCCUUUUUAUUCUUUUUUACUUUUUAUCAUUUUCUUUUACCUUCUUACUUACUUCCCUCUUUGUUUCUAUAGUUUCUUAUAAUAGUCAUUUCAAUCUAUUCCAUUUACACGUUCUUGUCUUUUCCUUGUGAUAUAUAUUUUUUUUAUAUUUACCGCCCUCUAAGUCAUUUCUCACCUGCCAUCUUUUGUCUUUUUAGCAACUGCCGUUAUUUUGUAUUAUAACCUAUAUCUUAACCGUUAGUCAUCUAUGCUUGGAUUAUGUAUUUGACAUUAUGAAAAGUUUAGAAUCAAUUUGUGAAAAACAAAAAAAGAUGUUAAAUUGUUUAGAAGAAUAUAAAGAAAAACUUAAAAAUUUAUAAAA